GAUUUAUGGAUUAUAAAUACCCGUACUUGGUUCCUGUGUAUUUACCUUGAUGACAAAGAUAACAUUUACUCAAACGUUGCUAUUUUAUCAUGUAGGACUUCUCAAGGCGACGGUGGAAUAGAUAUGGUGGGAAAUCAAAAAAGAUUUUUUGUAACUUCUUUAAGAGAUGGUUAUUCACCUCAAGCAAUGGAUAAAAGGAAUCAUCAGAACGUCAAGACCUCUGAUCUAGUCACUGUUAAAUUUUUGUUAUAUAAUAGUAUGCAAAAUCCGUUAUCCACAGUUAAGUCGAAUAUGUGGACAAAUGAUCAGUUGCGCUUAUUAAUCGAUGAACGAAAAAAUCGAAAUUCAGAAUAUUAUGAUAUUGCGGGAAGUAUCGAAAUUCCAAAUCUUGUAAGAGACCAUAAGUUAAUGCGCCAGUACAUGGCUGGAAACCAUGCUGGGCGACGAAGCAAGGUUGGUGAACGAUAUUUGAGGAAUUUCGAACUCUCCUCUGGGAGAGACCACAAACGACAUUUUGAUUUGGUGCAUAAUGCAAACAUUGCCACAAGACGUGCUCAAGAAAGACGCCGUAACCGUACCCACCUCCAACUUAUGAGGAAGUGUCAUCAAUGUAAUAUUGCAGAUGAGACACGAGAAGUGAAAGCUUCAUUACUUCGUAAUAGUGACAUUUCUCCCAAAAUAAAUUUGGGCCAUAACGAUUCCAGUAAUUUAUCAUCCAAUUUGACAAAUAUUACCCGACCCAAUAUAUUCUUAUCACGUAACGAAAGUGAUAUUAGUAUGCAGGAUGUGGGUGGUAGUCAACCACUCUCUUAUAUGGAAUCUAUAAACGAGGAAGAAAGAUAA